CAGCCAAUUAGACAACCCCCUCGGGCGGGAGGCGUGGGGCGCUCCAUAAAGCGGCGCGGAGCUGUCACCCUGCGAGCAGGCUGCGCACCGCCCAGGCCGGAGCAGGCGCCGAGGACUCGGGCGCCGCGGGCCGGGGAGCGCCGAGGAGCCAUGGCCAACACCAACGGGGCUGUGGAGAACGGGCAGCCGGACAGGAAGGCGCCCGCCCUGCCGCGCCCCGUCCGCAACCUGGAGGUCCAGUUCACCAAGAUAUUCAUCAACAAUGAAUGGAACGAAUCCAAGAGUGGAAAAAAGUUUGCCACGUAUAACCCUUCAACUCUAGAGAAAAUAUGUGAAGUAGAAGAAGGAGAUAAGCCUGACGUGGACAAGGCGGUGGAGGCCGCACAAGCCGCCUUCCAGAGGGGCUCCCCGUGGCGCCGGCUGGACGCCCCGAGCCGUGGCCGGCUGCUGCAGCAGCUGGCGGACCUGGUGGAGAGGGACCGCGCCAUCCUGGCGACCCUGGAAACGAUGGACACAGGGAAGCCGUUCCUUCACGCCUUUUUCAUCGACCUGGAAGGCUGUAUCAAAACCCUUCGAUACUUUGCUGGGUGGGCAGACAAAAUACAAGGCAGGACCAUCCCCACAGAUGACAACGUCGUGUGUUUCACCAGGCACGAGCCCGUUGGUGUGUGCGGGGCCAUCACUCCUUGGAACUUCCCUCUGCUGAUGCUGGUGUGGAAGCUGGCUCCAGCUCUCUGCUGCGGGAACACUGUGGUCUUGAAGCCGGCGGAGCAGACCCCCCUCACCGCGCUCUACCUGGGCUCUCUGAUCAAAGAGGUGGGAUUCCCUCCGGGCGUGGUGAACAUCGUGCCGGGAUUUGGGCCCACAGUGGGAGCAGCGAUUUCUUCUCACCCUCAGAUCAACAAGAUAGCCUUCACUGGGUCCACAGAGGUUGGGAAGCUGGUUAAAGAGGCGGCCUCCCACAGCAACCUGAAGAGGGUGACACUGGAGCUUGGCGGGAAGAACCCCUGCAUCGUGUGUGCUGAUGCCGACCUGAGCUUGGCGGUGGAGUGCGCCCAUCAGGGAGUGUUCUUCAACCAAGGCCAGUGCUGCACGGCGGCCUCCAGGGUGUUCGUGGAGGAGCAGGUCUACGACGAGUUUGUCAGGCGGAGCGUGGAGUAUGCCAAGAAGCGGCCGGUUGGAGACCCCUUUGACGUCAGGACCGAACAGGGGCCGCAGAUUGACCAGAAGCAGUUUGACAAAAUCCUCGAUCUGAUCGAGAGCGGAAAGAAGGAGGGAGCCAAGCUGGAAUGUGGGGGCUCCGCCUUGGAAGACAGGGGGCUCUUCAUCAAACCCACUGUCUUCUCAGAAGUUACGGACACCAUGCGGAUCGCUAAAGAGGAGAUUUUUGGACCAGUGCAGCCAAUACUGAAGUUCAAAAAUAUUGAAGAAGUGAUCAAAAGAGCAAACAGCCUUGAAUACGGACUCACGGCAGCUGUGUUCACAAAAAACCUUGAUAAAGCACUGAAGCUGGCCUCCGCGUUAGAGUCUGGAACUGUCUGGAUCAACUGCUACAAUGCCAUCUAUGCACAGGCUCCGUUUGGUGGCUUCAAAAUGUCGGGGAACGGCAGAGAACUAGGUGAAUAUGCGCUGGCUGAAUACACAGAAGUGAAAACUGUCACCAUCAAACUUGAUGACAAGGAUCCCUGAAGGAGAAGCAGGUUCCUUCUUCAAACAUCUGACAACUGAAUGUGGCCGAUGGAACUUACCGAAGAAAAACCUACAUUCUGACCUUCCUGGGAUACUUUCUUCUGGAGACUUUAAAUCUACUGGAUUUGAACGAUUUUUGUUUUCCUCUCACAUUCCUUCUUUAUUGACAGAAAUAUUGUGUGUGAAAUUGCAGUCCUGCCUGGGGUUGGGAUUAAGGGCCAUCUCUGUUUUCUGCUUUCUACCAGAUCCCUGGGACAGUGAGGAGGUUCAGGGCACUGUCAACAGGAAGUGGUAUUUGAAGUAUCGAGCCGUCACUUUAAAAUGCUUUGUUGACUCUAACUCCAGUAAGGAUUUGGAAAAAAAAAUCCCCUGUAUGUUCUGCAAACAGGACUCUACCUGCAGGUUCCUCAUGAUUACCUGCCCACAGAACAAGCCCCUCCAACUACUCACUAGCAAGGAAUAGCACUAAGUUUAAAAAAAUUUUUUUUUUAAAAAAACAAGGUUGGGAGGAUCUGAUGUGGGGAACUUAGGGGAAGCAAGUACCAUGGAAGGGUCCUGAAGGCCCUGGUGUGAGUGGUCUUCAAGGACUGCAUCUUGACAUUGACCAUGGGACUCAGCUUAAAACCAAUACAGCCUUUGGAAUAGGACCAAAUCAACAACCAUAAGAGCUUAUCUAACGCAUGUCAUGGUCUACCUUAAUCAAGGCAGGAAAUGUCGUGAGUGUCACCAUCACUGCUAAAGACCCAGUGCUCUGACAGUACAGAUUCUAGGAUCAUUAAGUCCCACAUUUUACUAAUUAAAGCCAUAAUUUGCUUUUCCCAGUUAGGCAUUUCUCCACUUGCAUUGAUUUAUGAUAAACCUAUGUAGUUUUCCUUUUCUUCAGAUGGGUUAUCAACAUUUUAGAUGAGUAAGACAUACACAACUGAAAAGACUGCUGUUGUAAUACAGCUCUGGUUUUUCAAAGUCCUGUUUUGAUAUUAAUUAGUGAUUAAUUAACAAAUAACAUCUGAACUUCAUGGAGGAACUGGGUCUGUUACUAGAGUGGCUUGAGCACUGCACUGACAGGUUGAAAAGUUUUCUUUUCCUCUUUGUGUAUCCAAAGGAUGUGCAAUUCCAGGUUUCAGCUUGGAAAACUGAAAGUGUCCCACAGAGCUUUAAAAAAACAAAACCAAACUGCAAUUGUGUUAUUCAGAUACUUUUACUAUUACUAACUUGUACUUUUCUAAUGGUGCUUAUGUUUGAGAAUUAAGUUAUGUUCGAGAAUUAAGUUGUGGGGAGGGGGGGAAGAAUAAUGAAAUGGAGGUUUAUGUCAAAAUCAGUGUUAUGUAUAGAGAAAGUCUUAUGUGAAGUGAGGUAAUCAUUCCUGUUGGAAAUAUGCAAUAUGCAAUUCACCUUCUCUCAAUCAAUUAACAACACAUCACUUAGAGUACCAGUAACUUGUUAAAUCAGGAUUUGACUUCAUAUGCUGAAUUUUCAGGAUUUUAUCUCAAGUAACUAAAGACACUAACCUUGAUAGUAAUACAUUAGAGGGUUCUUAUUCUUUCCUUGUACAAUAAUGCCUUUAAUAUGAUGCUACAUUAUUUAUAAUUGGUAGAGUUAAUGUAUCUUUUUAUAGUUGUAAGUAAACAGAGGUGAUGUAUUUAACCUUCUGUAAUAUACUGUAUUUAGAAAUGGAAAUCUAUAUAGUAUUAGACUUUACUUCUUUUAAGGUUUACUCCUGUGGUAUGGUUUAAAAAAAUCUAUUGGCCUGGGAAUUCUGACCCUAAUUGCAGAUUGUGUCCAACAAUGCAAUAACUAUAAAAUAAAAUCAGAUAUUUGAAAAAAA